CUCGAGCUAGAAAGUGAAGAGACUCCAGUACCCCUUCCGGAGACUAUCACUUCGCCCCCGAGGAUGGUAGAGGACGAGGGAGUGGGGGCGUGUACGACCGUCGACUCCCGGUUAGCCGAACAUGCGGCCGAGCACCCGAAUAUUGAGAUACCUGCAUCGAAUAAGCCAUCGUCAGGCUUGCCGCAUGUAGGUGGAGGAGUGAGUGUUGAGGCUCCGGCGCGAGAGACCCACGAGGCGCGGGCGAGGAGAUCAUCAGGGGAAACGGCUGAGGAGAAGUCUGCCAGGGUGCAAGCUCGCCUCACAGAGAUAUAUGAGACAAAGGUCAGGAUGGAGGCCGUAGGAGUGGCGCCAGCGCCGCCGAUCGAUCCCAGGACGAGUGAGCAGAGGAUCGAUGAGAUGUGGGCUAGGUACGAGAGCAAGAGGGAUGCCGCCCGCCUGAGGUCGCGAGAGACAGGACAGGAAUACGAGAGGGCGGACGAGAUGAGAGAGACUGGAGACGUCGGAUUUUCGACCGCCAGGAUGGCGAUCGAGCGAGUGGAGAGAAGGAUACGCCAGGCAGCGACCACGUCAUUCCAUCGAUAUACCCUGCUCAGUGAUGAGCGGGUGGUUGCAAGGUUGGAGGUGGAGCAAUUGUCUACUCAGCUAGCGGAGGAGAAGGCGGAGAAUCAAGAAUGGAGGACUCGUAUAGAAGCUAAGGAAGUUGAGUGGGAAAAAAAGCUCAAAGAUAUGGUGGCAGCGGUAGAGAGGCUUUCAGCCACCAAGGUGGUCGAUUGGACAGAGCAGAGCAGGUAUGGUAUUCAGGGUGAGAGGAUGCACGGACUCCUUGGUCAGGGAGGAACGGUAGAGCCCCCUCAACAGAAGAAAAUAAAGAAGGUGUUCCUGGAUCCAGCAGAAGCGGAGGCGAAGAGGAUAACCGAAGGGAAGAGUUUUAGUUUCAAGGCCCCCACAUGGUUAGCCACGCAGCAGGCGACCCCUAUGUCGGUUGAGGCCCCUGCGGGGGAGCCAACUCAGAGGCCCCAAUCUCCACCUGCAGAAGAGGGUUCCGCAAAAGAGUUUCAUACAAUCCUUUUGGAGGUACGGGGAGGUACCCUUACGGGGGCAGUAGCGCCCACUGAGCCUGAGACGGUGGAGGAGGAAACAUCUCGCCUGGAUGAGCUAGUAACAGCCAUGGAAAUAGACAUGCCGCUGGACAGACCUCAGAGGCUGGAUACGCUUGAGUAUAGGCCAGAGAGCGUAGGCGCGCAGAGUAGUGAGGGCGCCAGGGUCGCGGAGUCUGAACCUCAGGGUUGCAUGGGAUUGCCAUUAUGUUGCGAGGGGGCCGCUGAGGCUGAGGGGACACCAUCGAUUUCAAACCCCUAGGGGAAGAGGAAACCCAAAAAGUGGUUUGACUCGUCAUGUUUUUUUUGCAAGGAGGAAGGGCAUCGGGCUCUGCAGUGCACGGGGUU